AUUGAAAUUUAAAGCACAUUGAUCCCACAAACAAAUAAAAUAAUGUAAUGAUAUAUCUGAGAAUCUCAUAAUACCAUUUAUUGAUGCUAUAUUUGAAUUUGUUUCAAAGUGAAGAGGCGUUGCGCUUAAGUCCUCGUAUAAACCGAGUUAUCCUUAAUGAUAUGUAGUGCAAAUUAACGAGCGGAAAGCGGAAAUGGCGUGGCCUCGUUCCUAGUAAUUUAACAAGAGUUGAUUACUACAACAUUUAUUAUAGUUAGUAUGACAAUGGUCAGUUAAUGAAUGUGUUGUUAUGAAAAAUCAUUUAUAUUCGAAAACAUUUCUAUGUAGCAGAUACAUUGAAUGAACUCAGCAGGAGUGGUUAUCAACUUUUAUAUGAACUCAUGGCUCCUCUUUGCAAUAUGGGCAAAAACAUUGAUAGCGUAAAAAGUGAAAAACCUGACUUUUCUUCCAUCAUUAAUUUCAUCGGUGGUGAUUUGCGAAAGGAUAAGAAGAGAAGACGCGGGGAUGCUGAGAAAAAACGACGCGAUAGAAUUAACAGGUGUCUGGAUCAACUCGAAGAAUUGAUUCCAUAUGUACGACAGAAAAAGCUUUGCUCCAAAGUUGAUAAAGCCGAAGUGCUUGAAUUAACCGUCCAUUUUGUGAAAGAAACUUUAUUCGAGAAGGAACUUUCGUACAGAAAAUCCCAUCUCUCUUCUCUUAUGGAAUAUGAAAGAAUGAAAUGGUCUGAAAGAGAUAUUGGAACUUAUGAAAAAACAAGAAAGGUUGAAAAAUGCAAUUGCGGUUGUGGUAAUCCUGCGCCGAUUGAAAAAAGAAGCCGUUCAGCGGAGCCUGCGGGUUCACCAUACCGCUCAAUUCAUGUAUUACCGCCUCCACCACCACCAGUGUCCAUCAGGUGCAAAGAUUUUUAAAAUGUCAUCGUGUUUGUAUCAAGCAUGAAUUUCUUAUUAUCAAAAAUGAAAUCUGUUUUAAAGGUGUUUCAAGCAUGAUGCUUUUUGUGGGGUCAAGAAACAUAAGUACGUUAUAGGUACACUUCCAUCCUUCACUCAGCAUGAUCUUUGCGAAGCUCUUUAAAUCAUUGUUGAUAUUCAACAUCCGUAUAAAUUUAAAUUUUUCUAGAUUAGAACUAGAUUUAUUAAUAAAAUAGAAAGGAAGGUAUUAUAUUUUUGUAAUUGUGAUUAUUUUAUUAAAUAUAUUAAUUUUUUUUCGGUGGACGCAGCAUUCAAGCACGAUAAUUCAGUGCCUAAAUGACCUGCUUUUCAAAUUUUUUUGUCUUCUAAAAAAUAUUUUAAUUGUUUUGCAUUUUUAAUUUUAUGCCAUAUAAAAAUUUCGGACAUUCUAGGUUUUUACAUUGAUAUUAAAGUGAAGUUUUAUGUAAUUUUAUUUUACCUUGACAUAUUUCUAAUCUCGCCAGAAAAAUUUGAGAAGCUUAACGUGGCUUCUUAUUUUUUUUUCUUGAGAAGUUUACACAUUUGACAUGUGACAUAGUAUGUAUAUAGAAUAUUCAGCUCGAGUCUCUUUGUAAGAGAUAUAUAUUUUAAUAUUUUUGUAUGAUUUUAUAAAAGCUAAAAUUGUAUUAUACGACAUUUGAUAAAUUAUCAAUUUAUGUAUUUUAAAAUAAAUUCACCAAAUUUUUCUUGGUUCUAAAAAUAUGUUUUAUCUUUCCUCUCACCUUUUGGCUCACUUAACUCGUUCUCAGGAAAGGAAUGUCUGACGUAUAAGAAACAGUGAUAUUUUAUUAAGAGAUUUACAAGGAGAUGUAUUGAGUGUCUUAGCUAAAAAGGCGUAACAUGUCUGACUUUAAAAGGAGGACGAAUUUCAGACAUUUGGCACGCCAAACAUGCUUUUAAAUAUUUUUUACAACAGACCAAGUAUAUAUAGAAGUCUCCUUUCAAUAAUGCACGACUUUUUAAAAAUCUACGCCCAUUUUGUUAAAUAGGCGUAGAUUUACGCCCUUUUUAACAAAUUCAUGGCCUUUUGUACCUCC